AGUAACUCGGGAAGCAUUGAAAAAUCCCCUGUAAAAUUGCGCGGAUCUUAACACUACUAGAAAGAUGGCUUUCAGUUUUGGUACCACGGCUGCGAAACCCGCACUUGGCACUGUCACUACUUCGGCUCCUACUUUUGGGUUUGGCACGACAGGAACUGCUGGCACCCAGAGUACAGGUUUUGGGUUUGGACAAAAGACAACCACAGCUGGGACAGGUUUUGGUGGGUUUGGGACUACAGCAGUCACCACCACAUCUGCUGCUACUGGUUUUGGAGGUUUUGGUGGUUUUGGAGGCACCACGUCCAGCAGUUUUCCUACACUCACCACAUCAACAGCAGCAACAGGAGGCGGCUUUGGAGGUUUUGGCACUGGAUCUGCCCUGGGUGGCGCAAGCAGUACACUAGCUUCACAGCAGCAGCAACAACAACAACAGCAACAGCAGUCCAACUCUGUUGCUAAUAUGGCUGCUGCUGUAUCCAUGCCAAUCAUUUUUGGUGAUGAGAGAGAUGCCAUCAUUGCUAAGUGGAACCAAAUGCAGGCAUUCUGGGGGGUUGGGAAGGGCUAUUACAGCCAGCAAGGGGCCCCUGUGGCUUUCACACCAGACAACCCUUUCUGUAGGUUUAAGGCUGUGGGUUAUAACUGCCUUCCUAAGAGUAAAAAUGAAGAUGGUCUGCUUGGCAUAGUCUUCAAGAAGAAACACAGUGAGGUGUCCCAGGUACAACAAGCAAUAGUGGACAAGUUGGGACAACUGAUGGGAAGUAAACCCACAUUAUCUGUGCAUGUAGAGAACACAGUUACGCUUCCAGAUGACCAGACUGAGCUAAUAAUCUAUGUAGUGGAAAGACAGCCGACGGGCGUGUCCAGAAGAAUUCCAUCUACUGAGCUUUAUGCAUUCAUGAACCAAGCCAAUAUUAAAACACAGCUGGGGCAGAUGGAAGUUGUGAAUAUUCUCCCAAAGACGGGCUUCACUGCAGAACAGCUCAAGUUUUACCUGGAUAAUCCUCCUGCUGGAAUUGAUCCACUGCUGUGGCAACAGGCAAAACUUGACAACCCUGACCCCGAGAGCCUGAUACCAGUCCCCAUGAAAGGUUUCAAGGAACUUCAUGACAGGCUAAAAUUCCAGGAAAGGCAGACUAAGCUACAUCAAAGUAGACUAGAUCUUAUUGGACAAGACAUCACUGAACAACAGCGUAACCUUGCUAACAUGGUGGCAAGAACAGAGCAGUACAAGCGCAAACACUUAGAGCUGGGGCACAGAGUUCUCCAGGUGAUGGUUCGUCAGGAGAUCUACAGGAAGCUGGGCUAUGCCAUCCAGGCAGAUGAAGAGCAACUGAGAGUUCAGUUAGAGGCUUUGCAGGGGGAGCUGAAUGCACCCACACAAUUCAAGGGACGCUUGAAUGAGCUCAUGUCACAAAUUAGGAUGCAGAACCAACUUGUUACAUCAAGGAGUGAGGCCAAUUAUCAGUUGGAUACUGCCAUGCAGUUAGAAAUAAGACAGCACUUGAAGCAGCAACAAGAAGGACUGCAACAUCUUAUCAGCAUAAUUAAAGAUGAUAUGGAGGAUUUGAAGUUAAUAGAGCAGGGGUUGGUUGUUGAUGUUAAACAGCAAAAAAGGUGAUCUCAAAAGGCCUGCAGGCUACCAAAACGGAAUACAAAACAACAAUGAAGAAUGAAGACAUUUUCUUUCAUAAUAAACAGAUCUCUGAGAACCAAUUUAUAGCCACUGGAUAGUGAAAACGAAGCAAAGAUAACAUAGUUUUAAUGUAAAAGAGAAAUAAUGAAAUAUGACAUCACUGAAAACAGUAAAGAUUGUUACAGAUUCUAAAUGAAAGUUAAUGGUGACAUGUUUUUAUAUAGAAAUAAUAUAAUACAUGAUAAAUGUGAAGAACUGACAAAGCCCUUUAUUUUAUUUAUAGUGUAGCAUUUCAGUAACAAACAC